AAUGUUUAUGCUUGGAUGAGCCUCAUCAUCGCCUCAGGGCCUGGGAGUUAUGGCAGGACAGCUCUGAGCGCUAAGCUCCGCCUCCGCCCACACCCCCACUACUUAGAUUAUAAACCAGAGCUCCAGCAGGCAAAGAAGGAGAAGAAAACGAGCUGGAUUAUAAGAAAGAGCCUUAGCAGCGAGGAAUCAAACAACAUGGCUUUUAUUGAGAACGAGAGACCCACUGAGAUGUCUGCAGAGAAGAAGGUGAAAAAAAGGAAAAACUGGAACAACAAAAUCCAGUUUCUGCUGAAUAGAAACUCUGAGUCCAGACUGGUCUUGAUAAGAAGAAAACCAUACAGGCCAAGUGCUGAUGACGUGAACCAAUGGGCGCAGUCACUAGACAAACUACUCAGUCAUAAAUAUGGGAAAACGGCCUUCCGUAUCUUUCUGAAGUCAGAGUUCUGCGAGGAGAAUAUUGAGUUUUGGACGGCCUGCGAGGACUUCAAGUUGCUCAAAACACGCAAGGAAAGAGUGGCGAAGGCCAAAAAGAUGUACGAGGAGUUCAUCAAGUCCGAAGCCCCCAAAGAGAUAAACUUGGAUUAUCAAACGAGAGAUGACAUCAUUCAGAGUCUCGAUGACCCCACAACAGCAAGCUUCCUGGCAGCUCAGAAGAAGGUCUACAGCCUGAUGGAGAACAACGCGUACCCCAGGUUUAUCCACUCCGACCUCUACAAGGAACUGUUUGCAGCUGCAAGUGCAAAGGAAAAGCACAUCAAGUCCUAGUCAACCCCCGCCCACCACCACCUCCUGAAGUCAUUUGUUUACUGCUGUGAAGCUGAUGGGGAAUGGUGUUCACUUCAUGCCCCGGCUCAGGGUAACAGGCCUGAAUGCAAAUGGCAAAACACAUGCAGCAGAGAAAAAGGUGGAGAACUGAAUGAUGAAGCCCCGAGCUGAGAGAGGGAGCUGGCUGCCAUGUGGCGCUGCAUCAGGUCAUCGACACCGGACCAAGGCGACAUUUCAUCACAUUUUCAUUGGCACGUUUUGUACCAUUAGAAUUGAAAGUAUUUUGCAGAGGCACACCUUCAAAUCAUGAUAAUGUACCUUUUUUUUUUCCACAUAAAAAAUGCACAAGUUGAGUGUUCAUCUAAAGCCGACAGUAAUGCUGAAUGUAUUUUUUUGUUUUUAUUUUUUUUGUCAUACACUUCCUGUAUAGUUGUGUUU